CCUAAGACGGUAGCAGAAACGCAUUGAGGAGGACCUUGGGAGCAAAUACUGCCACCAACUUGAAGUGGCCUCUUCCUUGGUUCCUGCCCCGGCCAGCCGAUUGGGACGCCUCUACGCAUUACCGUACUUGGCUUGCAGAUCAGUCCCGGUAGUGGCCCGUCCGCCAACGCCACAAGCCGCAGUCCACAUGAAUAAGCUUUCAGCCGAAGAGCCGCACACGUGCCCUCAAUGCAAGAUUGAUGAUCCCCAGGACGUGGCUGCGACGUUAUAUCUCGUCACUGGCCAUGGCCCAGGCAGCGGUCGCUGUUAGACUCAGUGUCUUCCACGAGGCGGGCUCUGCUCUGACUGAUCACACUUGGCGCGGAGGAUUGGCGUCUUCGUGUGGUAUUGAGGGAGAGAGAAGAUCCUACUUGCAUCCAACCUGCAGGUAGCUCAUGCAAACGCUCCCAUGCCAUCACAGCCCUUAGCUGUACAUAUGUACGCCGCCGCGGAGGUUGGAGGACGUCGAGGUGCGGAAGAGUGGAGACUGGAGAGGAAUGCGGGAGUGUGAUAGCGGCCGUUUGGGGUAGGACCGGGUGCUGCCGGGGUGGGCCUCGAUUGUACAACCGCUCCAAUCAGAGAGCCACCCACCGAAGCCUGUCUCCUCCCGACGACGCCUCCCGAGUGCCCGAGUCUCUCUGCUGCUGUUAUCGAUUGCCUUUCAAUUCUGAUGUUUAUCAGAGAAGCCCAAGCAUGGCGCACUGAAUGCAGGCGAGCAGUUCAGUGGCUAUACCAGAGGACUGACGUCAAACAGACCUCGGGAGUGUUUCUCCCCUGGCCAGGUGUCUUCGCCCGUCUCGCUCGCGAACCAUGGGCCGAGGUGUACUCUCGAGCAAAGAUCUCGCUCCCGCCAUUUUAGUCCCACUACGAAAUGACGUCGGCUGUGGAUCUUGACGUCGGGCAACAUCGGUUCCUUUCUCAGCGUCGAGAGAACCUCCCCCAUUUCUCCAGAAUCUCUACCCCAACCGUGACCAAGAUCUGCGCUUCUGCUUCCCCGAGGGGAAAUAUCUGUUUCGGCUAGCCAUGACACGGCGUGGUCUGACGGCCCCAUUGUGCAGUCACCCACACUGCCACAUCGGUCCCUGCCCGUGGCAGCUAUCCAAAGAUUGGGUCGCCUGGAGGCAGGUGUGAUUGGACUUUGGGACGACUGGGACGACCAUCCCUGGCCAUCCACAUUGACAGGCAUGGACGUAUACUAUGCAUGGAGCCGCAGGACGAGCAUGAUCCGAGCAUAGCGUUGCUUUUGCGACCUUGCCAGGUUGCUGAGCAGCAUGGCCAACUUGUGGCCGAUGAUAAAUACUGCGGACAUCCCCUCGUCUGGGAUAUGUACCUGAGUAUUGAUUUGAGUUGUUCUCAACCAACCUGCCUCUGCACAGGCCAAAACUGCCUGUUUGUUCUGACUCCACCGGACAACCGCAGCCAUGUAUCGAAUCUGGAAUAUCUAUGUGCUCGCCGGCUUCGGCACCAUCGGCGGCGCACUGUUCGGCUUCGAUGUGAGUAGUAUGUCUGCAUGGAUCGGCAGCGAUCAAUAUCUCGAAUACUUCGGGCAUCCGGACUCGAACACACAAGGUGGGAUCACCGCCUCCAUGUCUGCGGGCAGCUUCAUCGGCUCCCUUCUCGCUGGUUGGCUAUGUGAUCGCAUGGGUCGUCGUGGAAUUCUUGAAGUCGCAAGUGUCAUUUGGGUUGUCGGAGCAGUCCUCCAGUGUAGCGCCCAGAAUAUCGCUCAUCUCAUCGUGGGAAGAAUCGUCAGCGGCCUUGCCAUCGGUAUUACCUCGUCCCAAGUCUGUGUCUACCUCGCCGAGCUCGCCCCAGCCAACAUCCGAGGCCGUAUCGUCGGUGUACAGCAGUGGGCUAUCGACUGGGGCAUUCUGAUCAUGUAUCUGAUCUCAUAUGGCUGUGCCGUUUCGAUCAAAGGCCCAUCGGCAUUCCGUGUCGCGUGGGGUGUCCAAGGCAUACCGGGUAUCAUCCUCGGAGUUUCACUGUUCUUCUUCCCAGAGUCCCCUCGAUGGCUUGCCAGCAAGGACCGCUGGGACGAGUGCAUUGAUGUCCUCGCCGGGCUGCACAGUCGGGGUGAUAGGGAGUCUCCCGUCGUGCUGGCCGAGCUGGAAGAGGUCAGGGAGGCCGCAGCUCUCGCAGCCGAGUCGAAGGACCUUGGUUACUUGGGACUCGUUGCACCCAAUAUGUGGUUCCGGACCCUGACUGGAGUCAGCGCCCAAGUGUGGCAACAGCUUCUGGGCGGUAACGUGAUGCUUUAUUACAUUGUUUAUAUUUUCCAGAUGGCUGGCCAGGGCGGUAAUGCGGGACUAACGAGUGCCAUCAUUCAAUAUGUUAUCUUCUUGGUAACGACUGGCGCUGUGCUCCCAGUCAUUGAUCGUUUCGGCCGUCGUACGCUUCUGAUCUCUGGCGCCAUAAUUGCCUGCAUACUGCAUUUCAUCGUCGGUGCCCUGAUGGCUUCGUAUGGACACGAGGUCGACUCCAUUGGCGGUAACUCGAUUUUGACGUGGGAAAUUGAGAGCACUGCCGCAGCUAAAGGAGUCAUUGCGUGUUGCUACAUCUUUGUUGGCGUCUAUGGCAUCACCUGGGCUCCUGUCGCAUGGAUUUACGCAUCAGAAGUCUUCCCAUUGAGAUAUCGGGCUAAGGGCGUGGGCGUGUCUGCAGCAGGCAACUGGAUCUUCAACCUGGCUCUCGCCUUCUUCGUCCCGCCAGCCUUCACUAACAUCCAAUGGCAAACCUACAUGAUAUUUGGAACUUUCUGCGCCGUCAUGACCAUCCACGUCUUCUUCUUCUAUCCCGAGACUGCCGGCAAGUCGCUCGAAGAGAUCGAUGCCGUGUUUGAGAGCAAGACGCCUGCGUGGCGGACGGGCCAGAUGGGCACGUUCCAGGACCGCCUGCAUGGGGUUGAGCGCAAACAGAACGGUUCAGAGACGACCCAUGAAGAGGCGCCGUCUGAUCACUCAGCAGCGAAGGAGGAAGCGAAUGCCGCUCAUGACGAGAAGGUCUGAACCAGAAGCCGGUCAGCUGAUACGCUGGGGCCUUCGUCAUUUGAGGAAUUCC